CCUGUGUGUGACGGGCAGCAGAUGAUCCGCAGAAGGAUCCAGUCCACUCCGCACUCUCCAUGUUGAGAGGAACCGAGCAACUUGUUCUCCAACCGACUCCAACCGUCCGUCACAGCCCACCUACUGCCCCCCUAAACCCCCCAGCUGUCUCCAUACAGCCCCGUGCUAUGACGCUGGACUGGAAAAGAAGCUUAGGAGCAAGUGCAUGAUCGUUUCCCUGAUCGACAAAGAGUGAGACAGGCUGAUUCAACAAAAGCUUCUGGAUGCAGUGUCUCCUGGGGCUCAGGUGAAAGAGGAGAAGCAGGCCGCCAGGAUGAAGGAGGAGAAUUUGUUUCAUCGGAGGUAUUCGCUGUGCCCCAGUGCCACCUCCCCGCCCAAAAUUGAUCCCCGCACCCUCACCAGGAACCUCUCUUAUGGAGGAGACAACGACUUCUACAACCUCAGCCCAGGCAGUGAGACAGACAGGAAUGGUCUCUCCAUGCUGAGUAAUGAACUUAGUCCUGUCUUAUCACCAGGCAGCAAGUCUGAGUCCAGGAUGUUUAAUGGUGUUGAGAAGGACUGCCCCUCCCCCACCGAGAAGCUGGCCCGGAAGGAGUCGCUCAAGGUCCAAAAGCAGAAUUAUAGGCAAGAGAAGAAGCGAGCAGCUAAAGAACUGUCCACUGCACUUAAGGACCCCAGCGUCAUCAUCAUGUCCAACUGGUUAAAGAUCCGUGGCUCUUUAAAAAGUUGGACCAGACUGUGGUGUGCCUUGAAGCCUGGGGUUCUUCUGAUCUAUAAGACCCCCAAAACAGAUCACUGGGUGGGUACCAUCCUGCUCAGUGCAUGCAAGCUGAUCGAGAGACCCUCCAAGAAGGACGGCUUUUGCUUCAAGCUGUACCACCCACUGGAUAAAUCAAUCUGGGCUGUCAAGGGUCCCAAAGGAGAGAACGUUGGCUCCAUCACGCAGCCUCUACCCAGUAACUACCUGAUCUUCAGAGCUGCAUCUGAGUCUGAUGGUCGUUGUUGGAUGGAUGCCCUGGAGCUGGCUCUGAGCUGCUCCAGCCUCUACAAGCUGACGGCCAAAGCUGGGAAAGAAGGAGAUAUCAGCACGACUUCAGAGUCCUCCCAUAUACUGAACCUGCUGCAGUCCACGGCACUCACUGAUACAGAGCUGCUGCAGUUGAAUGACACAGUGCUGCUGGGAAAUCACCACAUGGAGCAUGACGGCUUUUCAGAUAAAUCGGAGCGCGAAGCUCAUGACGACUGGGACGCUGCAGCCAAUGAGAACGGUGGAAGACUGACGGAGGAGAGCGAUGCGGACCAAUCAGAUGAGCUGUCCCCCGGGCCACAGGCUACAGCCUAUGUAGAGCAGAGCACAGAGGAGAUGGCUGAGGCUGGCGAGGCAUCCCAGGUGGAGACUGUAUCAGAGGAGAACAAGGGCCUGAUCUGGAGCUUGCUGAAGCAGCUGCGGCCAGGCAUGGACCUGUCUAAGGUGGUGCUUCCAACCUUUAUCCUGGAGCCGCGCUCGUUCCUGGACAAGCUGUCUGACUAUUACUAUCAUGCAGAUCUGCUCUCACAAGCCUCACUGGAAGAGAGUGCAUAUGGUCGGAUCAAGCAGGUGCUGAGGUGGUACUUAUCAGGUUUUUACAAGAAGCCCAAGGUAAGCUACGUUCACUCCAAAACAAGCUUAUAUAGUUCUGUUAUCACAUUAGCUGUACUGUAUGACAAACCUAAUUACAAGAUGUUAGCUUUCUUUUUGACCAUUUCAUUUUCUCUCUCUGUCCUCUGCCAGGUGUCGCACCAUCCACCCAUCUCUGCCUUUUAUGUCUGCAAUAGGAAGGAUGGAUUUUCUAUUAGUGGAAGCAUCCUGGCCAAGUCCAAAUUCUAUGGUAACUCUCUUUCAGCUAUUCUAGAUGGCAAAGCCCGGCUGCUGUUCUUGAGCAGGGAUGAGGAAUAUUGUCUCUCUCUCGUAGGGAUUCUGUACGGCACUAUGACACUAGAGCUGGGAGGGAAAGUUACCAUCGAGUGUGAGAAAACCAAAUGCGUAGCAGAGCUGGAGUUUAAACUGAAGCCUUUUCUUGGAGGUUCUGGUUCUGUAAAUCAGAUCAAUGGAAAGAUCUUUGCCGGAGAGGAAGUACUGGCCACUGUUGAUGGACACUGGGACAACGAGGUAUUUAUUCACGAGAAGCGCUCAGGCCAGCAGGAGAUUUUGUGGAACCCAAGUCCAGAAAUUCGCAGCGGUCGCCUCAAGAGACAAGUGGUCCAGUUAGACCAGCAGGGCGAAUUUGAGUCCGAAAGUUUUUACAGCACGCGGCCGUGGGAACCUGAGCGCUGUUUUGUUCAGUUUGAGAAGGAUGGCGUGAUUCAGACGCAGGAGAAAAGCCAGAGACAACACAACGGCCUCUCCUACAGCCACAGCUGGGCCAGUCAACAGAAGGCUGAGGUUAACGGGAAGCAUAGGAAGGCGAGCAGUCAGCCGUCUAGCUGCAGCCAGAACACUGAGAGCAGCAGCACUACGCCGGAACCCACACACGAGUCCUCGGACAAUGAAGGCUAUUCUAAUCAGUGUGCCCGGUGCAGUAAAGAGAUAAAGGACAUUGCCAUGUUAGAAGCUUCCAUCACAUCUAUAAAGAAGACACAGCAGGAUAUCCAGAGGNNNCUGGUGGCUCUGAGUCGUCAGAUGGCUCGUCAGAGGACAACAGACGACAGCGUGUCGCUGACGGGCCGUCAGUGUCUCAUCCUCUGCGUUCUGCUCCUCUCCCAGCUCCUCCUCAACUACGUCUUCACCUGAGCCAGCUCCUCGAGGAAGGAGUUUCCCACUGGCACUGAUCUGGCAUCGGAGCCCUCUGAAAAGCACAAACUCUAAUUAACAGAGGAGGGCAGGGACCUCAGAUCAGUGCUGGGAGGGCAACUUUGUCCCUUUCUUUUCACUUCAAGGAGCCUGGACCUUACAGCAAUAAACACAGCCACCGCCUGUCAGUCAUCAGCAGAGAGAAACGGCACCCCCUAGUGUAGCCAGACUGAAAGAGCACCGGCACCCAAGCACUUUGGACAGGAGAGGAGGAAUGAAGGACGAGCACGGUUCAGAAGAUUUCAAAUAAAGGAAGAAAUGUAUGACUGA